AUUCGAAUGUUCUCUCGAGGCACAGCCGGUCGCGGUUUAACUCUUUAUGAGUAUUUCUUGUCACUACCGAUCCUUGUUCUCCACUCUCCAACACCACACUCGUCUGAAGGACCUCCAAAGAGGCAAACCUCUCCACGCUCACAUCAUCACAACCGGUUCCUCCUCUUGCGUCUACAUUGCCAAUGCACUCAUCAACCUCUACGUCAAAUCCGGACACUUACACACAGCCCACCUCGUAUUCGAAACCAUACCUCACAAAGACGUGGUCUCAUGGAACACCCUCAUCAACGGCUACUCUCAACAGGGCUUCAGAUACUCCUCGUUUGUGUUGGAGCUUUUUCGACGCAUGCGGGGUGAGAACACCUCCCCGGAUUCGCACACUUUUGCUGGAGUUUGUAAUGCUGCUUCAUAUGUAAAGGCUGUUUUGGGUGGCAGGCAAGUUCACACGGUUGCUGUUAAGGCUGUGGGGUGUUUUGAUGUGUUUGUUGGAAGCUCUCUUGUUAAUAUGUAUUGUAAGAUGGGUCUUGUAAGGGAUGCACGUAAGGUGUUCGAUGAAAUGCUUGUGAGGAAUUCGGUUACUUGGGCUACUAUGAUUUCUGGGUAUGCAAUGCAACAGUUGGGUGCAAAUGCGUUAGAGGUUUUUAUACGGAUGCGUAGGAGUGAGGAGAGGGAAGAAGAGAAUGAGUUUGUUUUGACCGCGGUUCUUAGUGGUUUGGCGGGUCCUGAAUUUGUUGAGACAGGCAAGCAGAUUCAUUGCCUUGCGGUGAAAAAUGGGCUGAUGUGUAAUGUUUCUGUUGGGAAUGCGCUUGUCACGAUGUAUGCGAAAUGUGGGUGUUUAGAUGAUGCGCUUAGAACUUUUGAACUGUGUGGCGAUAAGAAUUCUAUCACAUGGUCUGCAAUGAUAUCUGGUUUUGCGCAGAGUGCAGAUUCGCAAAAGGCUUUGGACUUGUUUUCAGACAUGCAUUUUUCUGGGAUGGUGCCGACCGAGUUUGCGUUUGGUGGGGUCAUCAGUGCCUGUAGUGACAUCAAUGCUCUUGAACAAGGAAAGCAAGUGCAUAGUUAUCUGCUCAAGUUGGGAUUUGAAUUCCAAUUAUAUAUAAUUUCAGCUUUGGUUGACAUGUAUGGCAAAUGUGGUAGCGUUAGUGAUGCUCGGAAAGGGUUUGAUUGUAUAAAAGAGCCUGAUAUUGUUCUUUGGAGUUCUAUGAUCGGAGGGUAUGUACAAAAUGGGGAGAAUGAAGCUGCUUUGAGUUUAUACUGUAGAAUGCAGAGGGAGGGAUUUUUGCCCAAUGAACUCACUAUGGCAAGUCUCCUGAAAGCAUGUUCAAGCCUAUGUGCUUUUGAACAAGGAAAGCAAAUCCAUUCUCAUACCAUUAAGUAUGGAUUCAGUCUUGAAUUUCCAAUUGGAAGUUCUCUUUUCACUAUGUAUGCAAAGUGUGGGAAUUUGGAAGAUGGGAAGUUAGUGUUUAGGAGAAUGCCUACGAGAGAUGUAGUGUCUUGGAAUGCAAUGAUAUCUGGGCUUUCACAAAAUGGGCAGGGUAACGAAGCUCUAGAGCUCUUUGAGGAGAUGCGAUUGGGGGGUACAGAGCCGGACUUCGUUACAUUUGUGAAUGUUCUCUCUGCUUGCAGCCAUAUGGGAUCUGUGGAGAGAGGAUGGAUUUAUUUCAAGAUGAUGUCUAAUGAAUUUGGCAUUGCCCCAAGGGUGGAGCAUUAUGCUUGCAUGGUUGAUGUCCUGAGCCGUGCUGGGAAGUUAGAUGAAGCCAAAGAUUUUAUAGAGUCAGCAACUAUUGAUCAUGGCAUCUGUUUAUGGCGUAUUUUAUUAAGUGCUUGUCGAAACUAUCGGAAUUAUGAAUUGGGAGCAUAUGCCGGAGAGAAGCUAAUGGAGUUAGGCUCGCUAGAAUCACAGGCUUACGUGCUAUUGUCAAGCAUCUAUAGUUCCCUGGGUAGGCGGGAAGAUAUUGAGCGGGUAAGGAGGAUGAUGAAACUUCGAGGGGUGAGUAAGAAGCCUGGCUGUAGCUGGAUUGAGUUGAAGAGUCAGGUUCAUGUGUUUGUUGUUGGUGAUAUGAUGCAUCCACAGAUUGAGAGUAUAGGUGUUGAGAUCCGAAGGUUAAUCAAGCAUAUGAAGGAUGAAGGAUACCAACCUUCCUCUACCACUUUUUGAAGUUCAUGACAAGUUCAUCUGCAGCUGAAGGUUUAAGUUCAUUCUUUGAGUUUUCCUGUAUCAUCAAAUGUAGCUAGGAUCCACUGUAGAGAGCUGCAAGGAGGCUCACCGGGGAACCUAGCUGCGUUUCUCGCCCUGAUGAAAAAUGAUACUCUACUCAUUUGCUUAGACACUGUUCAAGGAGCCUCCGGUAUUUGGACUUCUUUGUACUGAUAAUCAGUCAUGCCCUAAAUGUUAAUGGGAAUGGCUGGGAUAUAUGGAAGUGAUCAAGCUGAUUUUUAGCAUGAUUUCCUUGCCUCUUAAUCCUGUUUGAAAUCAUAUUAUAUGCUGCUGAUGAAUGGUUAACUGCUGAAGUUGUUAGUACUAAAUGCAGAACAGUGUUAAGGAGCCAGGAAACCUCCUGUGGAUGGAGAUAGGAUUGGUCAUUCCAGCAAAAUUGGUGGUGAUGGUAGCAAUGGAGAUGGAUUCUGGGUUCUAGGGCCAGCCUUGGAAUUGGUUAAGUCUUGGAUGCAGAAGUCUAGGGUCUAGUGUUGUUGGGUCUAAAGACGGCCAUUGCUAAAUAGUGUAAGCAAGAUUAUCACUGAGUCUGGUUCUGGUGUGCUGGUGAACUUGCUCUAGGAUGGAACUGAUGAUCUACCGAUUGGAGAUGCUAUUAGGAGAUCUCGGUCGCCUUGGAGGCUAUGGCAUUCUGUUGGAUAUGGGUUGUAGUAUCUGUGGUGAAAUCUUCCCCAAGUGUAUGGAGAAUGAGUUUUAGUAUAGGAUUCAAAGUUACGUGUAAUGCAACUUGAAUCAAAUGUGCAUUGAACUAAACUAACAAGAAGCCAAGCUCUGCCCAAAGAUGGAAGUCACAGCCUAGCUCUGGACUAUGCAUAAUGAGUAAAUUUUUGUGUUCAAUUUUGUCAUUAAAGUAUCCAAGAGUCAAAUGGUACAAGCU